ACAAGACGAACGAACGAACGACGUCGGGGCUGGAAACAAGCGAGGCGUCCGUCUCUGAAGGCCACAGCGUCGCCGUCAUCAUCGCUCUUCCCCUCCUCUUACGGCCCGGCGCGUGGCGUUAACCCUCAGCUUUCCCGCUAGUGCUCGGAGACCGUGGGAAAUUGGCGCGGGCGAGGCGAUGGCUACGACGACACGGCCGGUGACGUCAUGACGAGAACCGAAGGAACAGAUAGAUAACGAAAGAAAAAUACGAGAUCGUUCUGCUCGCUCCCUCUGGAUUUCUUUUUCUCAAAAAUAAUAAUAUUCUUCUUAUCUUAUAUAAAGGACAAGCAGAUUCGAUGGCGUGCGCGCCAUCGCUAGCUGUCUAUCCGUGUGAUUAUUGCUGCGGCUCGCAUCGGAUCAAGCUCAGGGGUGGUGGCCCCGCUCUCUCCUGCCUUGGCCCGUCCUCCGGUCUUUUCGGGGCUCCUCUUUCUUCCAGUAAUUUCCCAGGUUCUUACACUGCAGUAGAUUCUAUCUGUGCAGCACUGAGCUCAGUCGGGACUGGCUUAAAUUUAAAUAUAAUGUGUACCACCAAGGGAAGCAUCACAGCAUCCAGGGAUGCCUCCAAGUUAAAAGAUGGACCCGAUCAUCUUCUUGUUCUUGUUCAUGGCAUCUUGGCUAGUCCCAGUGAUUGGAUAUUUGUGGAGGGGGAACUGAAAAAACGACUGGGGGGCAAUUUUUUAAUCUACGCAAGUUCAUCCAAUACCUAUACUAAAACAUUCAGUGGAAUUGAUGGAGCAGGAAGACGAUUAGCAGAUGAGAUAUUGAAUGUGGUUUGGGAGACAGAAAGCUUGAAAAAGAUAUCUUUCUUGGCCCAUUCUCUUGGUGGUCUAUUUGCCAGAUAUGCUAUCGCCAUCCUCUAUAAUCAAGAUAACUUGAACAAGAGUCAGCAUGAGAAUGUUAUCAAUUCUAGUAUUGGAACUUCAGAAAAGGUAGCAUGCACUUCAAAGUUAGGGAAAAUUGCUGGCUUGGAGCCUCUUAAUUUUAUUACCUUGGCAACUCCACAUCUUGGGGUUAGAGGGAAAAAACAGCUUCCAUUUCUUCUGGGAGUACCCAUGUUGGAAAAACUUGCUCCACCUUUAGCUCCCAUAUUUAUUGGCCGAACCGGUCGUCAGCUGUUCCUUACAGAUGGUAAACCCAGCAAACCACCACUUUUGUUAAGAAUGGCAUCUGAUUAUGAAGAUAACAAAUUCAUAUCUGCUCUUGCCUCAUUUAAGAGUCGGACUCUUUAUGCCAAUGUUUCAUAUGAUCAUAUGGUGGGUUGGAGAACAUCUUCAAUAAGGAGAGAAAGUGAACUUAUUAAGCCCUCACGCCGGUCUUUGGAUGGCUAUAAGCAUGUUGUAGAUGUGGAAUAUUGUCCCUCAGUACCUUCUGAGGGUCCUCAUUUUCCUGCAAAAGCAGCCAAGGCAAAGGAAGCUGCCAAAAUUGCAUCAAACACACAAAAUACAGCGGAAUAUUAUGAUAUGAUGGAAGAGCAAAUGAUAUGUGGCUUGCAACGGGUUGGAUGGAAGAAAGUUGAUGUCAGUUUUCACUCGGCAUUUUGGCCUUUCUUUGCUCAUAAUAAUAUUCAUGUUAAGAGAGAAUGGCUUCACAAUGCAGGAGCUGGCGUUAUUGCUCAUGUUGCAGACAGUUUAAAACAACAGGAAUCUCAUACAUUUUUGGCCGCAAACCUAUAGGAUUGGAUGGUUAAUUUUUGAAUGUAUUUCUGCUGUGUCAGAGAAAAUGGGAUACUUAAGAUCACCUGACUCUAACUGCAUAAUUUGAUAUGGCAACUGUUGUCAAAAACAUCCAAUUUCUUUGCGUGAAAGACAAAGGAUCACAAUGCCCAUAAGUAGAUAACUCCUUUUUCAGUAAAAUCUAGAAUAUAUGUGAUACAGUCUCUUGUGUGAUUACAAGCACUCAGUUUUCUCAAGGAAAUCAACUAUCCUGUCCAAGUUUAUUCUAGGAAUGCCUUGAUGGGCAAGUAUUUAGUUACUAUAAUGCAUGUUAGCAGUGUUUGAAGCUGUUCUAUAGGCAUGCACUAGAAAGCAUAUUCUUUUCUGAACAGACCUUCCAUGGCUGGGACUAAAGAACAAGAAACGAUCAGUUUCUUCUGAAUAGCAAUUAAUGCAGGCAUUCUGUGUGAUAGAUAGCGUUCUCUUAAGAUUUGAAGACUAUAUCCCGACCUUUAUCAUGUGUUGUAUAUGCCUUUCACAAGUUUUGCACUUCUUUGAUGUGAUCGAUGUUACAUUGGAUCUUUUGAUAUUAUUGCAUGGGGUAGUAGCUAUUUGUGUUUGGCA